AUGUACAUUCUUGAUCAACUGGCGCGUCUCCUCGACCGCCCGCUCUUCCCUUGGAAGAACGUGCUUGUCGGUUUUUCCUUGGGUCAGUUUAUCCUCGAAGGUCUUCUCUCUAUUCGUCAAUACAAGGUCUUGCAACGAACUAGCCCUCCCAAGGUACUGGAGGGUGAGGUGUCCCAAAAGGUCUAUGAUCAGAGUCAGGCAUACGGUCGAGCAAAAGCCAAGUUUGGUUUCAUUUCGGGUCUAUAUGGUCAGGUUCAGAAUCUCGCGUUCAUCUACGGCGAUGUCCUGCCCAAGCUAUGGGGACUCAGUGGUUUUCUGUUGGCACGGUAUCUUCCGGCUAGUUUUCAGGGCGAAAUUUCGCAGACACUCCUGUUCAUCUUUGGUUUUAAUCUGAUCAGCACACUCCUGUCGCUACCGGUUUCAUACUACAACACCUUCGUCCUGGAGGAAAAGUUUGGGUUCAACAAGCAGACUGUCAAAUUAUGGGUCAGCGAUAUGCUUAAGGGACAGAUGCUUGGUAUCGUUUUGGGCACUCCAAUAAUCAGUGCUGUACUGAAGAUCGUUCAGAAGACUGGCAACUCGUUCUUUUACUACUUGUGGCUCUUUGGUAUUUUCGUCCAGAUCUUUGCUAUCACUAUCUAUCCUAUCGUCAUCCUGCCCUUGUUUAACAAGCUGUCUCCUCUCGAGCCUGGAAAAAUCAAGACGGGCGUUGAGAACCUGGCAAAGAAGCUGAACUUCCCACUCCAAGAAUUGCACGUGAUUGAUGGUAGCAAGCGGAGUGCACACAGCAACGCAUACUUUUACGGUCUUCCCUGGAAAAAGCACAUUGUUAUCUAUGACACUUUGAUCGAAAAGAGUGAGCCUGAGGAGGUUGUCGCUGUUCUCAGCCAUGAAUUGGGCCAUUGGAGUCUUAGCCACACUACCAAGCUGUUUGGCAUUGCUCAAUUCCACAUGUUUUACAUCUUUGCCCUUUUCUCUGCUUUCGUCAACAACAAGUCUCUGUAUCAAUCUUUUGGUUUCCACACGGAGCAGCCCAUCAUGAUUGGAUUCCUCUUGUUCUCGGACGCCCUCGCCCCCAUGGAUGCUGUUGUUAAGCUUCUCAUGAACAUUCUUAGCCGCAAAUUUGAAUUCGAAGCUGAUGCAUUUGCCGUGAACCUUGGAUACUCUGAAGAGCUUUCGCAGUCUCUUCUUAAACUUCAGAUUCAGAACCUGAGCACCAUGGAUGCGGACUGGAUGUACGCCAGUUAUCAUUACUCUCACCCGAUCCUUUCGGAGAGACUUAAGGCACUUGGUUGGAAAGGCGGAAAGGUCACCAACCUCAAGAUGGAAGACAGUGACAAACCUGUCAAAGCUGCUGACCGUGAGCUGUGA